AUGAAAGUUUCUACUGUUCCAGAAACAGCACCUGGAAAGCCAGGUGGCGACAGGUAUCAACCUCUGAGCCAUGCACCUGGAUGUAAGCAGAGCAAGAGAAAGGCUUCCAGUUGUGUAAUAGCUUCUGCGAGGCCGCUUUCUCCCCUGUCCUUGGCGGUUCAGAUGCUUACAGAAAAUACUAGCAAACGCAAGGAUCGCACGGUCAGAGAGAAAAGGAAGCCAUUAGCUGAUGAGCCAUCAACCACAGACAAGCUGAGCAUGAGCUACGGCCUCUCACAAGAGGGAUCUGACGCUCUCUCGAAGCCUGUUUACUCCUUCAUCUAUACAAAUCCCAACUUGGUUUCCUCCGCCUGGAAGGGGCACAAGUACAACGGGAAGGAUAAGUCACGACACCGAUCCAACAAGCAUGGGAAAAGAUCAUCCGGAAGCCGGUCUUCUAAUGCAGAGUAUGACCUCGGACCCUUCGUAGCAGCCAUGUGUGUCGCAGGAGAAGAAAAUCGAAAGCAGAGGGUUGCAGAAUCUAUAUCCAAUAUCGUCUCCCUGUCCGGUACCGUUUUCAGUGCUGAGGUUCCGGCAGAUUUUUCGGGAACGGUGUCUCCACGGUACAUAGUUCCAGGUUCAAUGACCUAUAAAGAGGAUGCGACCAAUCCGUCCUUGCUGGUGUCCCGCUUUAAGGUAGACCCUGCUCACUUGUUCCGUGGCUCUUUUGAGAGCGUUGAAACAGUUCCGUCUGUUCGGUCCUUGGCGUCACCUGUGCAAGCUUCCUUUGUGAACAUUCACGGCACCCAAGAUGAGAUAGAAAUAGAUCCAGCCGUGUGCAGCAAUAUGUCCGACUCACAUGCCGAGUUUGCCAUACACCUGAGAUCCUUUGCCAGUACUACGAGCAAUCGUAGCUCAAAUAUUAGUGAAGUUGCCGAGGAUUAG